UGGAGUCCGCUAAAGAUGUGGUUAAUGUGGGAACCUCAUCGGGAUUGUACUGCACUCCAUACAGCUGCUCCCUCAGGAUCUCUCUGACGCACUCUCUCACCGCUCCUGCCUUGAACCUACAGCGGAAGAUGAACGCAGACGAGAUAUGAAAGUGAACAAAUGGAGAAAAAAACUGCUUCUUCAAGUGUAUUGAGGUUCAGUUCCUGUCUGUACCUCCCCCUGAAAGUCGUAGGUUUUCUUCUAAACAGCGUGUAAGUGCAAAGCAUAAAUCAGCAGAAACGGGAAGACGUUUGCAUCUCCGGUGGCUGCCUGCGUUCACUCGCUCCGUUCCUUCUGCAGCAUGAAGCGUGACCUCAAGAACAAACUUUUACUUUUCUCACUCAUGUUGUUCUCGAUUCUGAAGGUGGAGUCAGCGCAUGAAGUCAAUGGCACAUUGGAAGAAAACAUCACUGUUAAAUUCACUUUACAAGACCCUGUUAUCAACAAAAUCAUUGAUAAUCUUGCUCUGUACAAAGACGGGAUAAAGAUAGGAAGUUUCAAACAUAACAGCCCUUGUAAAGAAAAGUUUGCACUCCAUCAUGUGGAAAACAGUACUGUUAUACUACACAUCACAAAUCUGACGCUGGAAGAUGAAGGAAAAUAUCAUGUUGUAGUGUAUUUUGAUGGUGCUAUCCCUCUUGUUGAGAGCAAUAUCAUUCAUAUUAAAGCCAUAUUAGGCUACACAACAACAGAAACUACAACCAGAGCUGUGCGUGAAAAUGUAGUGAAUAGUUCACCAACACUGGAGCUAUCAGAACAAAAAACAUUUUUAAUUUUCUUCAGUGCAGCAGUCAUAAUAUUUCUAGGUCUUUUUGUGGGCAUAUUGUGCUGGCUUUUUAGGACCCAUCCAAGAAAACCAGAUGCAGAAAACCCACCAGUUCACAGCAACAGAUCGACGCAACCGCAGGGGCAGUGUGGGACAUCCGGUGCUGUGUUUGUCAGCUGUGUGGAGUAUGGAGAGUUAGACUUUCAAAAUAGACCUGAAAGAAAUGACAAAGUAAAACCUGCCGAGGCGACAUCAAAGGACCAGGACGGAGUGGAAUAUGCUGCCAUCAUUUUCCCUCAGCAAAAACAGCCACCGAGUGGGCGGAUGAGAAAUAAACAGCAAGUACCUGCUAUUAAGUGAUAGUCAUAAAACCAUGUCCACUAAAGUUAGUCUGUUUUAAUAUUUGCUCAUGUAAACCUAAUAUAUACUAUUUGGGAGUUUUAUAGAGAGUGUGUAGAAACCUUUCAUGAUUUUUGAUAAUAGUCACAUGAUCACAAUCUGCCACAUACUGUAAGUAAUCUUCUCACUGUUAACGAGUUCAUACUGAUACUGUAAACGUGCCACUUUUGAGUUUAACACUGAGUCAUAGUGAGGUGCUAACCACAGAAGCCCCCAUAAAGCAACCCCGAGGCAAUAUAUUUGUACAGUAUUACACAACCCAGGCUCAUUGGAAAAAAACGUGUCUUGUCUGCAAAAAUAUAACACGUUGCUUUGUUUCACAUUUUGCAUCACUUUCCAAUUGAAAUGGUGGUGCUAAAAGGACGUUCAAUUCAACCUAAAACAGAUUAACGUCAAUUUGGCAACGAUUUAUUGAGUUGGUUAUUGUAUGUGUAUCGCGGCAAUCUGGUGGGUGGCACUAAAAGGUUAAAGCUCUACAGCAUUUGCAGUGCUGGGUAGAUUAUUAACUGAUUAUAAAUUGCAUGAAAAAAAAAAUUGUAGUUAUAACUAUAGUGACAUAAUCCAUUACAUUACACGUUUUCCGUAAUAAAGGGCCAGAUUUACUAAACUGGGCAAAUUUGCAUGAGAGCGUAAUCCCAUAAAAGCGCAGAUUGGAGUGGAAAGUUCUGCAGGUGAUUUAUUGACAAUGCAUGUAUUAAAGUACACAGAAUAUAAAUAAUUAUGCAAAUGCUUAGUAAAUCAUAUUGCGUGAUUCAUUUAAAUACUCUCAUCUCCUGAAAGGUAAACUCCUAGAAAUGCAUAUGCAAUAAGGUCAGUCGCAAAAAUGACUGUGUUCACGCCUUUUCAGUGCAAAGCUUUUCCGCUAUUCAGAACAAUAACGUUAAUUAAAGCAAACACGAGGUAAAAAUGCAUGAAGCAAGCCUGCUAUUUUAUGUUGCUACUACAAAUCUUCUAGGUCUUUUAUCGGGAUUUGUGGGCCACGAGACUUGUAUCCGAGCAAGUGCAAUGCUGUACCGGGUGCGCUACUGAGCAAAUUUACUAUGAGGCAUACCCCAUAACCAUGGAGCUAUUACAGUUUGUGAUUUAAAUGCAUCACAGAUUACAAUUCAUGCACUAUAGUCAAAGUAUUUUGAGGUCAUAGAAUCACUAGUAAAACUGUGUGAAAAAUAUAAUCUGACCCUUUAAUCUUAAUUUGUGUGAAAAGGAAUGAAAGUUGUUGUUGGUGUUUUACUGACACUGGUGUUCAUUGCAACUGGAAACUGCAUCGAGGUGUAUGCAUAGGUACGUUUGUGGAGUUUUGCAAAAAUAUAGAGGCACGUUUUUUCCAGUAAGCCCAUGUUGCAACCACACGCAUAUUAUUUCUCAUAUUUGCUCCAUCUGUGGUAUACACAAGAAUAAUACCUCCAACUGUGGGCCUUAUGAGGAGUUUAUGUGCCAAUACAUUUAUUUAAAAAUAAGACUUAUGAUUUGGUAAAACUGGCCAAAAACCCUCAGGACUUGCAUUCAUGGAGGGACCUGAGUCAUUUCCAGACCAGAGACUUGAGAGUGUGGCAGCGAGUUUUGCAUUCACAGACACCACUCACGUUUUCUUCAGAAAAUGUUGAGAUAAGUUUGGAUUUUGUCAUUCUCUUGUUAUCAUUUCCUUAUGUGCUACUAAAAUGCUUCUGUGUAUCCUAACACUAUUUAUCUUAAAAUGUAAGUCAGCUAUGUAAAUUGUGUCUGCUGAUUAUGUGUGUAAAUAUUGUAAUUGAAUGAGUUCUGUAUUACAUAUGAAUGUAUAGCCAAGAUGAAGUCUCAUUCA